CCCUACUUCGACCGGGGAAAAAAUGUUUUGCCCAAAAAAAAUAAAGAAAAUUGUACAACAGCCGCAGUGGCAGGUUUCAGUACAUUAGUAGUUUAUCCGGCGACGAUGUUGCCGGACACCUCUUCAUUCCACGAAUUGAAAGCUUGAAGCUCUGUGGACUCCAUCACUUGCCAAACUUGCACUCCUCUGUCACUGAGGCCUUUGCUGACGUGACCACCACGCUACUCCUCCUCUCUCUCCCUCUCCAUGUCUACCCAGGAUCAACCACUCCUUGGCUUGCGCGAGGAGGAGGCGCUGGAAACUGCCUAUGAUUCAUCGGAGAAGAUCGUGGUUGUCGGGGUUGAUGACUCCGACGCCGAUAAUUUUGGUAAAGCGCCGCCGUUCUCAUGGAAGAAGCUCUGGCUCUUCACUGGCCCUGGGUUUCUCAUGAGCAUCGCGUUUCUCGAUCCUGGGAAUUUGGAGGGUGAUCUUCAGGCUGGUGCUAUUGCUGGCUACUCACUUCUAUGGCUCCUCAUGUGGGCGACGGCUAUGGGGCUUCUCGUUCAGCUCUUGUCUGCUCGCCUCGGCGUCGCCACCGGAAGGCAUUUGGCUGAGCUCUGCAGGGAGGAGUACCCCACGUGGGCCAGGAUGGUGCUGUGGGUUAUGGCAGAGUUAGCUCUAAUUGGGGCCGACAUUCAAGAGGUCAUUGGAAGCGCUAUUGCUAUUAGGAUUCUAAGUAACGGAUUUGUGCCGCUUUGGGCUGGGGUCGUCAUCACAGCUUUUGAUUGUUUUAUUUUUCUAUUUCUGGAGAACUAUGGUGUGAGGAAACUGGAAGCACUUUUUGCGGUUCUCAUUGGUAUAAUGGCACUUUCAUUUGCGUGGAUGUUUGGCGAAGCAAAGCCUGAUGGCUUAGAUAUUCUUCUCGGCCUUUUGGUUCCAAAACUUAGCUCGAAAACGAUACAGCAGGCUGUUGCUGUUGUAGGUUGCAUUAUCAUGCCUCACAAUGUGUUCUUGCACUCUGCACUUGUUCAAUCGAGACAGAUUGACUUAACCAAGAAAGGACGAGUUCAAGAAGCUCUUAAUUAUUAUUCUAUUGAAUCCGCUGUUGCACUUGCGGUCUCUUUAGUCAUUAACAUAUUUGUUACAACUGUGUUUGCCAAGGGUUUCUAUGGUACUGAGCUAGCAAAUAGCAUUGGUCUUGAAAAUGCGGGGCAGUAUCUUCAGCAGAAGUAUGGCGGCGGACUUUUCCCGAUCUUAUAUAUAUGGGGUAUUGGGUUAUUAGCAGCCGGCCAAAGUAGCACCAUUACUGGCACUUAUGCCGGACAAUUUAUCAUGGGUGGUUUUCUGAAUUUAAGGUUGAAAAAAUGGAUGAGGGCUUUAAUCACGCGAAGUUUUGCUAUCAUCCCAACCAUAAUAGUUGCACUUGUCUUUGAUACCUCUGAGGACUCAUUAGAUGUCCUGAACGAAUGGCUCAAUGUUCUCCAGUCAGUUCAAAUCCCUUUUGCUCUUAUUCCCUUGCUUUGCUUGGUGUCAAAAGAGCAGUUGAUGGGGACUUUCAGGAUUGGCGUUGUCCUCAAGAUUAUUUCCUGGUCUGUGGCUGCUUUAGUGAUAAUCAUUAACGGCUAUCUGUUGGUGGAAUUCUUCUCCUCUGAAGUGAAUGGGCCAGUGAUUGGCACCAUAGUGUUUGCAUUUACAGUCCUGUAUGUUGCAUUCAUAAUCUACCUUGCUUCACGAAUGAUCACCUUUUUGCCGUGGCAAAGACUUUCGCAAACCAAGACAAACACUAACGCAGAACUGACGAGUUGAUUCCCAGAUCAAGAUCAAUUGCGGGAGCCUUGAAAUGUUACUGAAGGCAUUUCAAGAUUUAUCUUGCCCUGUAUUCUUUUUAGCCAAAUUGAUGCUUUUCUUGUGUUGUAGUAGAAGUUUAUGCGGGGCAAUGGCAGUGUAGAUUUUUUUUUCCUUUUGGUUGCUUUAAGGAUAGAUACAUGACAUGCAUUGGAGAUACUUCUUGUAUUGCGAUAGUUAUAAUUGGUUGUGUAAAUUAUCUGAAAAUUGAAGCUUGCCUUGAAAACUUACGUCAUGCAAAGUUGUAGUA